ACAGUCCCCUGACAUGAUAUAUGUACGGACACCCAUUCUUAUGCCUCUGUCUGUGUGGUCUAAUCCUUACUCUUAACAAACUUCUCCUCAGCUGAGCCCCUUCCUCCAAUCAAUAUUAGACAGCAAAUUCCUUCUAUACCAUUUAUUGUUUUCAAAAACCAUCACAUACCCAUUUUACCAAACCAGCCCUUUCUUCUUUAAAUUUUAAACCAAAAAACCAAAAAACAACAGAAAGACCAAAGACCAAAAGACUCAACUCACUCCUUUCCCUAUUCUUUGCUUUUCCCAUAUAUACACACCAGAGACCAAAGACCUUUGCUUCCUUUCAUACAAUAACAAGAAAACCUCACCAAUCACUAAUAUAGAAACUCUCCUAUAAUACCUUACCAUUUCCUUCUCCUUCUCAUUUCUUUCUUUGUUUUUUUUUUUUUUUUGGUACCCUUUUUCUUGUUAUAUAUCUUUCUUUUUGCUUUUCUUGAAAUGAACCUCCAAAUUUAGCAAAGUAGGGUUCUUAUCUUCUUGCUUAUGUUUUUCUUUAAUUGGGUUCUUUUACUUGCUAUAUAGCAUCAAAAAUUCAAGGAAAAGAGUGGGAAUGGGUAGAGGUAGGGUUCAACUUAAGCGGAUCGAAAACAAGAUCAGUAGACAAGUCACCUUCUCUAAGAGAAGAACUGGUCUUCUCAAGAAAGCUCAUGAGAUUUCAGUUCUUUGUGAUGCUGAAGUUGCUUUGAUUGUUUUCUCUACUAAAGGAAAACUCUUUGAAUACUCAACUGAUUCCAGUAUGGAAGCAAUCCUGGAUAGAUAUGAGAGGUGUGCAUCUGCAGAAAAACAAGCUGUUCCCAAUGAUUCCGAAAAACAGGGAACCUGGUGUUUGGAAUACCCUAAGCUCGUGGCUAGGAUUGAGAUCUUAGAAAGAAGCCUAAGGAACUUUGCAGGAAAAGAUUUGGGUCCGAUGAGUCUAAGAGAGCUCCAACACUUAGAGCAACAGAUUGAUACUGCUCUUAAGCGCGUGCGAUCAAGAAAGAACCAACUCUAUCAUGAAUCUCUUGCAGCCCUGCAGAAGAACGAAAGAUCAUUGCAUGAGCAGAACAACAUGCUAGCCAAACAGCUCAAGGAAAAUGAGAAAACACUGACUCGUGAACGUGAGCAGUGGGAGCAACAAAAUCUCAGCCAGAAUGCCGCGGCCUUCUUCCCACCACAGCCAAUGCUAUCACUUCCUUCUCCAACAACAUGUGGCAAUCCUCAGACAAGAGAGUUUUUGAACGAAAAUGAGGAGUCUACAGCUCAUGCUCAGCCUAAUACAAUGCAGAUGCCCCCAUGGAUGCUUCGCCAUCUUGUCAAUGAGUAGAGAUUUGACAAGAAUUUACGUGAGGUGCAGCUGUGCGAGUAAACUAAGUGGAAAAUCAAAGUGGAAGAGUAUCACUUAGUUCCCUCCUGUUGCCAUAAAUGUAUCAUGUAUUAUAACUGCGGUAAUAAAAGUUGCUUCUGCAUAAGAAUGUACUUUUUGCCUCGGCAUAUAUGCACUUUUCAAACUUCAGAACAGCUAGGAUUGACAUCUUAUAUCUACCUAUAAUCAAAUGGCCUUGUUUUGAACUA